AUGACUGACAAUAACCUUAUUAUAAUGAAUGAACCCACAAACGUCAACUUCAAUGCUAAUUCCAAUGACAAUUUCAAUGCCGUCGCCAAUUGCAAUGAUGCCAGCAAUGCCAAUGCCAAUGCAAUUUUAAUUACCAAUACCGAAAAUAUUAAUUUCCAUAAUAAAAAAUUCAAUAAUACAAUUUUGGAUAACGCUACUAUUUCCAAUAUGUUCUUAAAUGAUCAUUAUUACUAUUCAAAUGACUGCUUAAUUGAUAGCGUAGAGACUAAUUUAGAUGAUCUACUCUCAUUUUUAAGCGAACAUGAAAACACAACAUGUUUGAAUAUGGUUAAAGAUACAAAAUUUAAAAAUAAUUUAAUCCUACAAUCAAAUUUAUAUUCUUCCCCAUCUUCAUCUUCCUCUUCAUCGUCUUCUUCCUCGUCUCCUUCAACUACUUCCUUCAUCCAUGAUAAUAUUUUAUCAAACAACAAUUUGAAUUACUAUAAAAAUAACAAUAAUAUUAGCAAUAAUAGCAAUAGUUAUUCUUAUAUAAAUAUUAAGUUUCAAGAUAUCUCAAAUGAUAACGCUAUCAAUAGUGGCAGUAGUAGUGGAAACCCAAUGUUUGACAUUUUCACAAAUAAUGAUAAUGAAAUAAAUACUUCUCCGGAAACUACAUUGUCACCAUCAGUAGAUUUCAUUAUACCUCAAGGAAGUAUCAAUACCAAUACCAACAACACUACCAACACUAUUUGUAAUGAAAAUCUAAAUACUAUUACAAACUCAUUUAUCAAUAUACCAACAACGAAUGUAGUACUACCUGAAAAUAUAAAUUUAAAUAUCAAUCAAAAUAUCACAUUGGCAGACAAGAAAAAUGUUACUAAUGUCAGUAAUACUACUAGUACUAGCACAGGAGGAAACAUUGAAAAAAUUAAAUACCAUUGUAGUAUAUGUGGUAAAAAAUUUAAAAGACCAUCCUCACUAAGUACACAUAUGAAUAUCCAUACAGGUAACAAACCAUUUACAUGUCCAUUUACAAAUUGUACCAAAUCAUUUAAUGCUAAGUCAAAUAUGUUAAGACAUUAUAAGUUACAUUUCAAGUUAAGUUCAGGUAAUUAUAUAUUACCUAACGGUAAGAUUACCUCUACGAAACCUACCACAAAGCAAUUGUUUGAGAGGACAUGA